UUGUGAAUGAUCUCACACCGUCACCAACUUUUUUGGAUUGGAAAACAAUCUCUAUAAAAUUGGCAAGUUUUUCUAUUUUUCCAAAAAUCAACGGUAUAAUUGUCUGAUCUUUUCAGAUUUCGGUGUCUUUCGCGUGCGCAUUUUACGUAAUGUUUUGGGAUUUCAGACCAACUUGGCAACCGGUGCAGCUUACAUCUCGCAUUAAAAAAACACAAGCAUGGCGUUCUGUAGUGUCUUCCGUCUUCUUCUAAAGCACAGGGCUCGCUUUCAGACCGUGGUUCUGGAUUGGACCCGAACGCAAUGCCUCUGGAGCCUGGCACAUGUACAGAUGCGAGCACUGAAAUGGGAGAACGCCGUGACUUCCCGGUCUGUGGAGGAGGAACAGCAUGCCCGGCACGGAAGGUCAUGUAAACUGCGUAGUGCUGUGUGCUCUGGCGAGGGCAGCGGUGACAGCCGCACAGACAGCAUCAACAAGCAUUUCAUAUUGUAUAGUUUUUUUGCAUUUUCAUUCUUCGGCAAAUCUGACGAGGAGGAUGAAGCCAAGAAGACAGAAGAUGAGAUUAUUAUGCUGUUGAAGCGAGCCAAGCUCAGUAUUAUGCAGGAUGAGCUGGAGGCUGCCAGUGGGUACCUGCACCAGGCUAUCAGGCUAGCCCACCAAAGCCACAACAAUCAAGCCAUCAUCUACACAUACAGCCUGAUGGCCAACCUCGCGUUUGUUCAGGGCCAGCUGACCAAUGCCGAGAAACUGUUCAAGGCAGCCAUGAGCUUCCUGCUGUCCGGAGGCACUUCUCAGGAUGACAAUGCUGUCAUUGAGAUGUCCCUGAAGCUGGCCACCAUAUACGCCACGCAGAAAAGGCAUGAGCUAGCUGAUCAUGGGUUCCGGUUUUGCAUAGAGUCCCUGGAGGCCAAGAUUGAGAAUCAAAAGGACCUACCAGAAGAUGCUCUGCCAGAUGAGGAGCGGAAGGACACCAGGCUGCUUCUCGGGUUGACCCUGGACUCCCGGGCUCGUUACCGGACCGCCAUGCACCGCCUGGAGCAGGCCCAGGGCGAUUACCGACGCGCCCUGCAGAUAUGCCGCGAGGAGCAGGGGGAGGCACACCCGCAGACUUUGGUGCUGAUGAACGACCUGGCGACAGUGCUGGACAUGCAGGGGCAGCAUCAGGAGGCCCUGGGGCAGGUGAAGAGGGCCGUGGAGCUGGGCAAGGAGGCAGGCCACCCCGACCAGCACGUGCUGCUGGGAAACAUGGCGGGCAUCUUGCUGCACCAGGGUCAGUUGGAGGAGUCUGGCCGGAUGUAUCAGGAGGCUCUGGCCAUGGCUCAGGCCACCGGGGACAGCGAGGCGGUGGAGCAGAUCCAGGAAGGCCUGAAGGAGCUGGAAACUAAGAAGAAGAAGAACGGGCAGGAGGACUCGGCCUGAGAGCUGGCCAACGGGUGGGAAACCACGUGUUAGGGAGAGCCCACCGCACUGCGGCACCCUCACCAUUAACUGCCCACUGGAGUUUAUUCUCCUCUCUUCUCUGGAAACCCACACAGGAAAGUGUUCGUGUGUGUGAGGGAGGCGUAACAGGAAGUGCUGUGCCCAGUACCUAUUUGGUGGUGUUGGCUUAGUGACCCAGGUCUUACCGCACAAAAGACACAGUACUGGUGUAUCCCUGUGCGUGACUUUCCUAAAAUGUUGUCAUCAAUGUGCUGUAAACCCAGGUUCAAAUAUUGGAAU